GCCCAGUAUAGCAGGUCCCACCAUUGCUGACCGAGACGGCGCACGGUACUGACACAAUGCAUGCCGAAACGCUCUAACUAACCAUUGUGUGACGGUGACGUCCAUUAAUCUUUGCAAGCAGGAAAAAAUGAUCCAAGAACUCUACAAAAAGUGGCACAACUGAGUAUUUAACACUCAGUACUGCCGUUUUUCCUGGCAUCCCACAAUGCUCGGGCUACAAGAAACAGGACCCACUGGGACUUCCUCCACUAAAUCAUACAGCUGUGUGGCAUGCUCAGCCACAUUUCAUGGUUUAGCAUCUCUCUUGGUACAUCAAGCAUCUCAUGCUAGUGAAGUUUCUAGUCCACAAGGGGCUACAUCACCUGCAUGCACUCACUGUGGUGGAUUGUUUGACAGCAAAGAACUGUUUGAAAAGCACCACUGCAUGCUAUUGUCCCCUCCAGAAACUGAGGAUUUACAUAUAAGUGAAUGUGGGGAAGGAUUACAGGACACUCAAGAUAUUCAAAAGCAUAAAGUGCACGAAAUGAAAGCUCUUACAGAGUCGGAUAACAAUUCACCUAUAAAAACUGAAGUCAUGACAGAUGGUAACUACUCUGCUCCAGUUCUCUUCUCCAGUCCACCUUCCCAUGCUACUGAAGAGUCGCAUCAUGAGAGCUCGCAAACAAUUUCUGAAGUUAAGACAAAAGACUGUCUACCUCCAUCAAAUAUGAAUCUUAUGCAGCAUCCCAUCUCACAAGAGCAUGAUGAUGAGUUGCUACCAAAAUGUGUAUCCAGUUCUGUGAUUUCCACCGAAGCACAUAGCGAGUCCUUUGAAAAUAAAACUAUUUAUUUGGAAAAUGAAACCGCAAAUAGUUCUGAUAGUGAUGAAUUAAAAGAUCAGUCAACAGUAACAAAUAAGCAAACACUUCUUAAAAUGCUUGCAUCUGCCUAUAUGAGCCAGAGACAGCCCCCCCAGAUUAAAUGGGGCCAAAACAAAAGGGCCCUGCCCCCUCGAAAAGUCUCACCUAGGGCACCUGUACAAGCUCCAGUGGCUAUAUCUGGAUCAAACCCUGAGUGCACUGAUAAUCAGUUACGGGAAAAGGUUGCACAAUAUGCCCCCUAUCGGGAACGUUUUAUAUCAAAUAGGACCUUCACAAACAAAAGCAGGGUUGUAUCUAUGACCAAGGCCUUGUGUCCUGUGGUGGCUCUUGAGACCCGGCAGAAGCUUUGCAGGGACAAUGUUAUAGGUAGAUUUCAGUGUGGGAUCUGUCGUAGGGUUUUUCAAAACAAAGACAGCUUAAUAAUGCAUCAUGCCUUGCAUAGGAAGGAAAGAGUAAAAUUUUGUCGCCGAUGCAGGCAAUUUGUCAUUAGUGUAAUUUCUGCUCCGGAUAGCCAUAUUUGUUCUGGCUAUGUUGGAACAACUACCACUUUUCCCACAAUGAUGUAUCCACGAAAAUUAUUCCACUGUCAAUUGUGUAAUCGGAGCUAUACAAGGCGCCACAGGCUUAAAACACAUAAAUGUCAGUGGAAAGCUGCUUUAGCCCGAAAAGAUGCCGCAGUCUACAAUACUGGAGAGGGGACUUUUGCAAAAGGACAACUCUUGUCAACGAAAAGCUCAGCAGGCCAUGUUAAUGUUGCUGUGAACACAGAGGGCUAUAAUUCUAUAAAAAGUGAAGAGGAGGCAGAGUCUCUAGGUGAGGAUAAAUUUCAGAUAAACACUACCUCUUUUAAAUGUGAAACAUUGCCUGAAAGUUUCCCACCUUUUCUUCCCAAUAAUUCUAAAUUGAAUUUAGUGCAGUCAACGGAAAAUAUUAAUGAAAUGUUGAAAAAAGAGGAUUCCGUUCACUCUUCAGCCUCUGAAGAUGAGGGAACGGCAGGGAGCAACACCGAAGGAAAUGAAUCAUUAGAAAGAGGGCAGUGGACUGUACCACUAGAUGAUGCUGAAGUUGAUGUGCUGACUGAUGAUGAAAAUAGCAAUAAUUUAGACGAGGCAUCAAAAGAAAAUACUGAUGAUGAGGUCAUUAUUUUAGAACCAUCUGUUAAUUGUGAAACAUCAAAUUUAACACAUUCAAUAAAUAAAGACUUUCAGGUGCAAGUUUCUGAUAGUGGAGCACGGCGUUUUUCCUGUAACAGAUGUCAGAAAAGCUAUUCUAGACGUUUUACACUAAAUCAGCAUCUUAUGAUUUGUAGAUCAAGAAAGUUUUUGGAGCAAAAUUCAUUUGGAAAUGUGUCUGCUAAUAUUCUUGGGUUAAAGAAAAGGUUUCCAUGUCCCCAUUGUGGUUCAUCAUUUACUCGUAAAGAUAAUAUGAAUAUGCACCGAAAGAGGUGCCAGUCCAUGAGACGUACAAAUCCACUGGAAGGAAACGGGAGGCUUGACAAGCAAAAUCAGUCAGCUCAGGAAAACACGUUUGUUUUGCCACCAGUUUCAAAAAACCAAGUGAGACAGGAGGGCAGUAGUAAUGUUGGGGGUGGCAGCUGGGGCAUUAUGUCAUUACCAUCAGUGCUCCCCAGAAAAGUGACUUGUGAGUGUGGUGCUAGUUUUACCUGCCCUAGGCUUUUGUUUGAACACCUGCAAAUGCAUGCUCUAGAGUCUUACAUCUGUUCACACUGUGGUGAGAAUUUGCAGUCUUGGGCUGAUUUUGAAGCACAUCAGCAGUUGCAUUUGCAAACUUCAAGACCAAAAAUUGAGGACAGAGGUUCACAGCAGCAGUCACAUGUACAGUCUCAGCCUCAGCAAGAGUCAAACAUUCAGCUAUCAGUGCAAAACCCAAAAAAGGAUUCUCAAGAUCUGUUUAGAUCUCGUUUCAAUCGCAGACCCUUCACAGGCCCAUAUGUUUGCCACAGAUGUAAAAAGAUCUUUAGAUUACGUAAGUCUUUGCUAAGGCAUCUAACACGGAGUUGCAAGGGAGAUUCUACAACUGAAAAUAAACACUCUUGUUCUCGUUGUGGCAUGACUUUUCAAAACUCUUUAGCCCAAGAAGUCCACAUGCGAGCCAACACUUGUACUCCUGCUUUCAAACCUCUUCGUUGCCCAGUGUGUGUACGUUGGUUCAGCAGUCUUGAAGGACUCAAGAGGCACUUGUUGUCACAUAGCCAAGCAGAAAGUUUGAUGUGUCAGAUGUGUGGUUGUAAGUGCUCAAGCCAUGCUGCACUUGAGGAACAUAAACGGAAUAUCCAUAACACAAACAAAGAUUUUGAGUCACCUACUGUUCAGUCAGCACAUGUUUCACAAAGCAGCUCAUCAGAUGCGUUUCGCUGCCAGAUAUGUCAACGCAGUUACCCAAAACUCCAGUCGCUGAAAGACCAUCUAAGAAAGGUUCAUAAGCCAAAACAUCUAAAUCCAGUCAGCAUUAGGAGUUUUGAAACCAAGGAAUUGACAAAAGGAAUUGUACAGCAAAGUCAGGCCAAGCAGUUUCAGUGUCAAAUUUGUGCUCGCACCUACCAAGAUAUUCAGUCCUUGAAAAAUCACAGGAGGAGGGUCCACCGUAUUCUAGGAGGUGGACUGCAGCCUUCAAGAGGAAAUCUGCAGCAGAGUCAUUCCUAUCCAUUUCAGUGUCAAAUCUGUUCACGCACCUACCCUGACAUAAGGUCACUGAGAAACCACAGGAGGCGAGUUCAUCGCAUCUUGGGUGGUCUUGAAAUAUAUAAAGGAAUUUCUCAUCAAAAUCAGAGCAGUCUUUUUAAGUGCCAGAUUUGCCAGCGCAGUUAUCCAGACCUAGAAGCACUAAAUAACCACAAAAGGAGGGAACACUGUCUUUUAAGGGAUGUACUUGAGUCAACAAAAAUGAGUGCCACACACGUGGAACAGCCACAGUCAAAUGUUUUUCAUGGCACAAGUCCAAUUGGGGAGUUUGAAUCUAUUGCAUAAUUAUGGUUUGUAAUCCAUGACGUUCAAGUAGUAAGAAGUAAAAAAAAAAAAAAAGGCGGUGGGAGGUUUUUUUUUUUUGUGCAUUUAACUUUGCAAAGUUUUAUUAGAACUAGUAAAAGUAAUAGCUUCAAAAUUGUUUGUGUAAAUAUGUUAAAUAAUGUUAUGGAAAAUAUUUCUUAAAAUGAUGCACAUUUCAUUGUCCUCAUUUAAUUAGUUGGUAGUCGAUGGUACCACCAGUAAAAAUAAGACACCAGUAGAUUUUUCCCUUAAUACUGUUUGUAUUUAAACAGACACUUAAUAUAAAAUUGCCAUAAAUAUUUUCCAAUUGUGUUGACACAUUCUAAUUAUUUGGUGCAAUCUGGCAAUUACUUUGCUGGAUAAGACAUUGUGUUUAAUGAAAGCUUAAAGCUUAAUACCUAAUGUUUAACAGCUAUGACUGUUUAAAUGGGGUAAAGUGAAAGCAUGGUUUCCAUGAUUUGUACUGCCAUGUUGUAGGGUUAGUCAUUUUACUUUAUUUUACUUAACUACGGUAACAAAGCUAUAAUCCUGGAUGAGCCAAUAAGUGACUUGCAUAAUGACUCUAUAAUAGAUAGUAUCAAUCAGUCAUAUUUUUAAUUUUUUUUUAAGAAUCUCUGCCUUUUAAUUAAUAUUGUUCAUUUAUCAAGAAAAAAAGCUUUAGAGUCUUGGAUUUCCUAAGCGAACAAACAAGAGACCUCGUUCCCAAGCUAAGCUCAAUUUAACCAGAUUUUUUAAAUUUGUAAAUCAAUGACCAAUAAAAAUCCCAUUGAUUUCAUUUUAGUGCCCUAAUCAAAAUGGUAGAUGUGCAUUGUUGUCUCAGUUAAAAAAAAAAAUGUUUGCUAGUUCACUAGAUUAGUGAAUUAAAUGUUUUCUUACUAUUAUUUUGUUUAAUAAUAAUAUUAAUGUUCCCAGCUGUAUGUGCACUUGAUAAUUUAUUACAUUUUGUGUGCUUCAGUAAAUGCGUUUUGCACUUUGAGUGAUCAAUGUACAUAUGCAAGUAUAAAGAAAAUCAGCAUUUCAAAAACUUUGGUAAAUCUGGAGGAAACUUUUACUUUAGUUUGACUUAUGUAAAUCCUGACACAACUUUACUGAUAUUAAAAAUAAGGCCUGUUGGGCUUUUUGGAGCUAGAUGUGAUUGUCCAUUAAGAAAAGUGAAAGAAAAUAUAUGUAUUACGGUGAUGUACACCCAUUUUUUGCCUAAAAUGUUAUGUAAGAUAUUGGUUGUUUAUGUCUCAGUGUAAAUAUAUAUAUAUUUUUUUUAACUGUUCUCACUCAGACACAAAGCAUUUUAAAACAUUUGGUAAGUGCAUGGACAGCUGAAGAAAACCUUGUAAAUAAAGGUGUUAUUUGUAAUCUCAGUGCAUUGUGAAUGUACAGUAUUAAAGUUUCUUUUAUGG